AUGUCGUCGUUCCGAUGCAUGGCGAAGAAGUACCUCCGCGCCGGGCUGACGUCUGGGACGAUCAUGGCGAGCGGGGACUUGCUGUGCCAGACCUGGGAGAGGCGUCGCGCGGCGUCGUCCGGCGGUGGGGACGGCGGGGACGUCUUAUCGGAUGCGGCGGCCUCGACGUCCGGUCGACUCGGCGCGCCCGCGGCGGUGCAGGAGCAGCUCGGGGUGAUGCCGGCGUACGAUCUCGCGCGCACCGCGAGGUUCUUCGCCGUGGGCAUGACGUUCCACGGGCCGUUCUUCGUCAAUGGAUUCGCCGCGCUCGAGCGCGUCGUCGGCCCCGCGACGUGCCUCAGAGCCGCCGCGAAGAAGGUGGCGCUCGGGCACGCGUUCCUCUUUCCCACGUACACGUGCGGGUUUUACUUGUACAUGUCCGCGUUGGAAGGGAAGGGCGUGGAGGGCGGGUGGGUUAAGUUCAAAGACACGUGGUGGGAGGUGUUCGUCGUCGGAUCCUCGUUCUGGCCCGUGGCGAACAUGGUGAACUUCAAGUACGUCAAGCCGCAGUAUCGGCUCGUGUACUUGAACGUCGCGGGGCUGGCGUGGAACUCGUAUCUGAGUUACCAAAACCAACGGAGCAACGUCGCGCACCCGUCGCUCGAGGACGCGGAGACGACGACGACGACGACGACGACGCGCGCCCGCGUCAAGGGGGACUGA